AUGUGUAAAUAAGAUAAUGUCAUCUUUUGUGAACUUUUAUGUCGAGUUCUGUUUAUAACAAUGGGAUAUCUUUACAUAGGUUAUGCCUUAACAUAUUAUGCAAUCACUUAAGAUUCAAUUGCAUAUGUGAUGAAUUAUCAAGAUUCCGAGUACAAAAGUGUCAUUGAUGGUUUUAUAAAUGCAUCUCUUUCUAUAGGAGCAGCAUGUGCAGCAUUAGUAUCAUGUACUUAUUAAUAAUAUAAAUGUAGCAAGUAUAGUUAACAAGUUGAACUACCGUAAUACAUUUAUUAUGUUUGAUAUAGUUGGAAUCAGUGUUGGAUUACUCUUCACUAUCUAAAACAUAAAUGUCUUAAUAUUUUGUAGAACUUUGCAAGGAUUCUUGACUGGGUUGAAUAGUGCUUUAGUCAUCCAAUAUAUUUAUCAUUUUGUACCUCUGAAGAAUGUAGGAAUAUUUGUUGGAUUGGGUCCUUGCUUAAUGAUGGUAGGAUUGACCUUAGGAUUUGCAGUUUAGUGGAUAUUUCUUGGUUCAUCUGCUUCAGAAUAUAAUUAAGAUCUUGAUUAUGGUUAUUUAGGAUUCAAUAAUUGGAAACUUAUAUUUUUAUUUACAACCAUUCCUUGCACUUUACGUCUUUUUGGAAUGCUUUUUAUCAUAAGACAUAAUUUACCAUUUGAAUAAUUAAAAAAUGGCAAUGAAGAAAAAGCAAGAUUAAUAAUAUAGAAUUCUUAUCCAAGUACUAUAUCAAAUCAGGAAAUUUAGGAAUUGUUAGUAUAAAUUAAACAAAAUUUAAAAGAAGAGAACUAAAACUUAAAAUAUUUGUUUAGUAAAACUUAUAGAAAAAGCAUGAUCUUAUGUUUGAUCUUUGGGGUCUUAUAAUAAUUUGCUGGAAUUAAUGCUGUUAAUUUUUAUGCAGGUGUCAUUGUAGGUACUAUGACUAAUAAUGAUACAACAUUAAUCAAUCUAGCAAAUGUAAUAAAUGGCUUAGUAAGUAUUGCAGCUUCUGUUUUCAGUAGUAUUAUGAUUAAUAGAGCAGGUAGAAGGAUUAUAUUAUUAAUUGGUAAUGGAUUCUGUUUUAUAUCAUUAACAUUAAAUUGUAUUAUUAUCUCAAUUUAAUCAUAAGGAGAAUAGGAGCAAAAAACAUUUUAGUUAUUGAAUCUAGUGUUUUUAACUAUUUAUGUUAUAUCUUAUAGUCUUUCACUUGGCCCUGUAUUCUGGGUUUAUCUUUCAGAAGUAUUGCCAACUAAGGGAAUUUCCCUCGUUGUUUUUAUUAAUUGGAUAAGUUGUGCAACUUUAGCUUAAAUAUUUCCCAUUAUAGUUGAGUAACUGAGUCUCCAAUUCAACUUUGGAAUUUUUGCAGUUGUUUGUUUUUUUUUGGAAGUUAUAUUUUAUCUUUUUGUUUUUGAAACAAAAGGUUUAACAAAGAUAGAAAUUUAAAAUCUAUUUUAAAACUAAAAGAAUUAUGUUGAUAUUAAUGAUUGA